GAUCUGUCUGCCUCGGUAAAAUCAUCCAGAAAGAAGGAGACGGCUGAGAGCAUCGUUAUGUAUGGUUUCGUGAAUCACGCAUUGGAAUUAUUAAUUCAGCGUAAUUAUGGCCCUUUGGUGUGGGAAAAUAUCAAAAAAGAAGCACAGGUGGAUGUAGAAGGACAGUUUUUGGUACGGAUUAUUUAUGACGAUUCUAAAACAUAUGAUUUAAUCAGUGCAGCAAGCAAAGUCCUAAAAAUCAAUGCUGGUGAAAUUCUGCAGAUGUUUGGGAAGAUGUUUUUUGAAUUCUGCCAAGAAUCUGGUUACGAUACAAUCCUUCGAGUUCUAGGCUCCAAUGUUCGAGAGUUUUUGCAGAACCUUGAUGCUUUACAUGAUCAUCUGGCUACCAUUUACCCAGGGAUGCGUGCACCAUCUUUCCGAUGCACAGACGCUGAUAAAGGGAAAGGUCUCCUUUUACAUUAUUAUUCAGAAAGGGAAGGUUUGCAGGAUAUUGUAAUUGGAAUAAUUAAAACAGUUUCGCAGCAGCUUCAUGGCACUGAAAUAGACAUGAAGGUGGUCCAGCAGAAGAGUGAAGAGUGUGAUCACAUUCAAUUUUUGAUUGAGCAAAAGGAUUCUGAAGAAGUGGCUUUUUCAGAAGAUCUUGAUAAGUUUGAGGAGAACAGUACCCAGGAAUCUAGGAUCAGUCCAUUCACCUUUUCCAAAGCAUUUCCCUUUCACAUCAUGUUUGACAGAAAACUGACAGUAACUCAGUCUGGCAAUGCAAUUUAUCGCGUCCUUCCACAGCUGCAGCCUGGGAAUUGUAACCUCCUGUCAGUUUUCUCUUUGGUUCGGCCACAUAUUGACUUCUCGUUUCAUGGAAUCCUCUCGCAUAUUAACACAGUUUUUGUGUUAAGAACUAAGGAUGACUUGCUGAAUGUAGAAAAGGCAGAAUCUUACAAUGAACUGAUGGGUCCUGAGAUCUGCUGUUUGCGUUUGAAGGGGCAGAUGAUCUAUUUACCUGAAGCUGAUAAUAUACUUUUCCUGUGUUCUCCCAGUGUAAUGAAUCUGGAUGAUCUGACAAGGAGGGGCCUCUACCUCAGUGAUAUCCCGAUACAUGAUGCUACACGUGACCUUGUUUUGUUGGGCGAGCAGUUUAGAGAAGAGUACAAACUUACACAGGAACUAGAAAUCUUGACUGAUCGCCUGCAGCAUACACUGCGAGAAUUGGAAGAUGAAAAGAAAAAGACAGACAGAUUACUGUACUCAGUUCUUCCCCAUUCUGUUGCUAAUGAGCUGAGACACAAGCGUCCUGUUCCUGCUAAACGUUAUGACAACGUAACUAUCCUUUUCAGUGGAAUUGUUGGAUUCAAUUCUUUCUGCAGUAAACAUGCCUCAACUGAGGGAGCUAUGAAAAUUGUAAAUCUCCUCAAUGAUCUUUAUACAAAAUUUGACAUCCUCACUGAUUCACGCAUAAACCCUUAUGUGUUUAAGGUGGAGACGGUUGGAGAUAAGUACAUGACUGUGAGUGGCCUGCCGGAGCCAUGCGUCCAUCAUGCUCGUUCUAUAUGUCACCUGGCAUUAGACAUGAUGGAAAUUGCAGGACAGGUGAAGAUUGAUGGAGAACCUGUGCAGAUCACUAUUGGCAUUCACACUGGGGAAGUUGUCACUGGUGUAAUAGGCCAGAGAAUGCCUCGCUAUUGCUUGUUUGGAAAUACUGUUAAUUUAACAAGCAGGACAGAAACCACUGGAGAAAAAGGGAGAAUCAAUGUCUCAGAGUAUACAUACAGAUGCCUUAUGAGUGCCGAGAACUCAGAUGAACAGUUUCAACUGGAGUAUAGAGAUCUGGUUAGCAUGAAGGGUAAGAAAGAACCAAUGAAAGUUUGGUUCCUGUCUCGAAAAAGCGGAGACUGAAAUACGAUUCAUCAAAGAAUAUAUAAUUUUGGACAUAAACCAUGGAAACAUCAUUAAUUUGAUAUAUACUCAAACAUUAACUGUCACAGCAGUAAAACGAACCAUUUAUGAAUUUAAAGGGCAUUUUAUAAGAACUCUGACAAGUAGUAUGAAAACUGUUUAAUAGCACGAUGGUUUCUAGUCUUUCUUCAUUAAAUAAACAAAUACUAGCAAGCACUUUCAGGUUUACUUUGGAAAGCAAGGAUUUGUGAAAUGUGCCAAAUCUUACAGUAUUUAUUUAAAAGAACAAGGUUCUGUGAAACGCUGAUUCAACAUGCUGCCAGAUUGUACGGUUUACAAGGUGGGGAUGUGGUUCUGCUGUGCUAGCCCUGUUGGAUGUUGCGAACUUUUUGUGGGACCCAAAGAUGUGUACUGAUUGCACAUGAAACCAUCCAAUUGGGAAGUCCUGUGCAUGGCCAUUGGAAAUGUUUGUGGGGGAGGUGUCUGCAGGAGACAGCGUAAUUGCUGAGGUACCAAUUCCUCCCAGAUUGCAUGGAGUAUUCAUUUUUUUGGGUUGGGUGGGGGGAAGCUUCCCUUUGGCUUGGAACUGCAACAGUAAUUGGAGAUACAAAAUUUCCAGAACUCCAUCACCUCAGAUAUUACUUGAUUCCAUGGUCAGCCAAAGUUUUGUAACCUUUCCAGGGGUUGCCUGAAAGAACAGUGGGAAGUCAGCGUUACUUGGACUCUUAGGAUGGGUUCUGUCAAAAUUCCAGCAAAUUCUGUGGGGGUGGUGUUGAUACAGUCAAUGAUAUCGGGCUGAAUCAUCUUUAAGAAUUGCUGCUCACUAAAUAUACAUGACACGUACUGAAGAUUCUUUAAGAAGAAAUGGUUAUGUACUUGCACUUCAAUACAGAAAUCCUCCAAGUUCAAUAACCUUCUGUAUCCUUAAAUCGUGCCAGGACAACUCUUGACAGUCAAAGUCAGAGUCAUUAUCAUUGUCACUGUCUCAGCAGUGACAUCACUCCAGGUCGCUGACGGUCAUAGCUUUGCUGCUCCCACACGUGUCAGGGAAUCAUUGGUGCCCUCCAUCUAUGUGAGCAUUUCAAGUUUUCCUUUAGCUGUCAGGAACAAACUAAAUACAGCCUCUUCAUCUAUCCAUCAUCCCACACCUCAUCUCGUUCUACUUCUCACCUAUCGUACCCCUCCCUCUCACCUCAGCUCUGAUGCGUGGUCUCAGUCC